AUGCCUUGGAGAUGCUGCAAGUGCCAACAGAUCAACACUUUGCCCACUGACGAGAAGAUCAAACCAUUCAAAAGAUCAAGAACCUUCAAAUCAUCCAAAGCCUCCACCGCCUCGGGAUCAAACGUAACCAGCCACAACCAUACCACAGCACUACAACAUCCCCUAGUUCCUUCGUAUCCUGGCGCCACUGCACAAAUAUCCCAUUCCGUGACUUCUUUGGCCUUGAAUAACGACGAUGAUAUCUUGUGCCACUGCCGACACUAUUACUGUGAUACUUGCGAGUUUGCCAAUUCCGAUCAUGAAAUCGCAGGACACAAAGCUAAAUCAAGCAACCGUCGAGAGAAAAACCCUGGGUGUCUAGCCUGUGUCAUAGUGUGA